UGUCAGUCGGUGAGGCUUAAUCGCUCUGGGCUUGUCAGUAGUGUGUGUGGCUCUUACCCAGGAGGCUGCGUUGGCUUCUAUUGCUGUCUGUGCUAUGGGGGCUGUCUGUCUGUCCUUCUACCUGUGUCUGUCUCUCAGUCUCAUCUACACCAGCCUGGCAGCAAACACUGGACACCCAGACAGUGAUGAGUGUGCGGAGGGAACGGACGACUGCCACAUUGAUGCCAUCUGCCAGAACAGCCCGAAAUCUUACAGAUGUAUUUGCAAAGCUGGUUAUAAGGGACAAGGAAAAGAGUGUGAAGAUAUUGAUGAAUGUGACAAUGAUUACAAUGGCGGCUGCGUUCACGAAUGUAUCAAUAUCCCCGGGAACUACCGCUGCACGUGUUACGAUGGAUUUAUGUUGGCUCACGAUGGUCACAACUGUCUGGAUGUUGACGAGUGUUUGGAUAACAACGGGGGGUGUCAGCAAAUCUGUGUUAACACCAUGGGCAGCUAUGAGUGUCAGUGUAAGGACGGAUUUUUCCUCAGUGACAACCAACAUACUUGUAUUCAUCGCUCCCACGAAGGGAUGAACUGUAUGAACAAAGACCACGGAUGUGCCCAUAUCUGCAGGGAGACCCCCAAAGUUGGAGUGGCCUGUGAAUGUCGGCCGGGGUUUGAACUUGCCAAAAAUCAGAGGGACUGCACAUUAACCUGUAACUAUGGGAACGGAGGGUGUCAGCACACGUGCAACGACACAGAUACGGGCCCUGUAUGCGACUGCCACCAGAAAUUUGCCCUCCACUCCGACGGCAGAACUUGCAUUGUGUCAUCGUCUGGUUCAGCUGAGAUGACCACCCAAACCGACAUGCACCCCCUUCACCUCUGCUAUGGACUUGCACCCAAGCACACCCAGUGCACAGAAACGUGUGCCGUCAAUAAUGGAGGCUGCGAUCGAACCUGCAAAGAUACGGCGACCGGAGUCCGGUGCAGCUGUCCGGUGGGAUUUACUCUGCUGUUGGACGGGAAGACGUGUAAAGAUAUCGACGAGUGUCUGGUGAACAAUGGGGGCUGUGACCAUUUCUGCAGGAACACGGUGGGAAGUUUCGAGUGCAGUUGCCAGAGAGGCUUCAAGCUACUGACCGACGAGCGCAGCUGCCAAGACAUUGAUGAGUGUUCCUUCGAUAGGACCUGCGACCACAUCUGCAUCAACUACCCUGGGAGCUUCGAGUGCCUGUGCCACAAGGGUUACACUCUAUACGGCAUGAGCCACUGCGGAGACAUCAACGAGUGCAGCAUAAAUAAUGGCAGCUGUGACUACGGAUGUGUAAAUAUCUUGGGUGGAUAUGAAUGUUCUUGUCCCCCCGGGAAGAGAUUACACUGGAACAAGAAAGAUUGUAUCGAGAUGGUGAAAUGCCUCCCUAAUAGUAAACCUUCUCCCAGAGCUCAGCUGAUUUGCAGCAAGACAGGGGGAAUGGACAGCUGCUUCUUAUCCUGCCCGUCCAACACACUCUUCAUACCAGAUUCUGAAAGCAGUUACACACUGAGCUGUGGGGUUCCCUUCCAGCCGGGGAAGUCUGUGCAGAUGCGAAAUGUGACUCUUUCAUCAUCGUGCGGAGAUUCUGUGGCUCCUCCCAUAACGCAAAAAGCGCGAUUUAAAAUAAAAGACGCCAAGUGCCAUUUAAGACCCAGAAGUAAAGAGAAGAUCAGAGAGUCCGGACGGCAGUCACAGACAGACAACUGCCACGUUACGUUUGUGAACCUGAAGUGCGACUCGUCCAAAAAGAAACGCCGUGGGCACAACUCCCCCGCCAAAGAAGUCUCGCACAUCACCGCCGAAUUUGAGCUGGAAAUCAAGAGGGAGGAGGUGACAGAUUCCUGCAACUCAGACUGCGUGCGGAGAAAAAUGGAGCAGAAGCUGCAGACCGCCAUCAAAACGCUCCGAAAGUCCAUCAACAAGCAGCAGUUUUAUAUCCAGUUUUCUGGGGCGGAAUAUGAAGUGGCGCAGAAACCGGCGAAGGUAUCGGAAACGCAUGAACCGUGCAGCACCGGACACAUUCUGCUGGAUGGGAAAUGUGUUUCUUGUCCUGCUGGUACAUUUUAUAGUGAACACAAGCAGUGCAUCCCCUGUGCUCCGGGCACAUACCAGGAUACCAGAGGGCAGCUGACGUGUGAGCUUUGCCCAAGCAAUGACGGAUCAGGUAUCGCCGGAGCAAGAAACGUGUCUGAGUGCGGAGGACAGUGUGCUCCUGGGCACUACUCCCCCGAUGGCUUCAGACCCUGCAGGUCAUGCCCCCUGGGCUUCUAUCAGCCGGAGUCGGGCCGUACCAUGUGCUUCCCAUGCGGAGGGGGUCUGGUGACUAAAUAUGAAAGCGCUGUCUCUUUCCAAGACUGCGAAACAAAAGUUCAUUGUUCCCCGGGACAUUACUACAAUUCCGCAACUCACAGGUGUAUCAGGUGUCCGAUUGGAACGUACCAACCCGAGUUUGGACUGAAUUUUUGUGUAACGUGCCCGGGCAAUACCAGCACUGACUUUGAUGGUUCCACCAAUGUGACGCAUUGCAAGAACCAACACUGCGGAGGGGAAUUAGGAGACUACGCGGGAUACAUCGAGUCGCCCAACUACCCCGGAGAUUACCCGGCCCACAUCGAGUGCAUCUGGAACAUCAACCCGCCUCCUAAGAGAAGGAUUCUUAUAGUUGUCCCGGAGAUAUUCCUUCCCAUCGAAGAUGAGUGCGGAGACGUCUUAGUGAUGAGGAAAAGUGCUUCCCCGGCCUCCGUAACGACAUAUGAGACUUGUCAGACGUACGAGAGACCCAUUGCCUUCACCUCGCGCUCACGGAAACUCUGGAUCCAGUUUAAAACCAACGAGGGAAACAGCGGCAAAGGAUUCCAAGUUCCCUACGUCACGUAUGAUGAGGACUAUCAGCAGUUAAUAGAAGACAUCGUUCGUGACGGGAGAUUAUAUGCUUCUGAGAACCAUCAAGAAAUAUUAAAAGACAAGAAGCUGAUCAAUUCCCUAUUCGAUGUAUUAGCGCACCCCCAGAACUAUUUCAAGUACACAGCACAGGAAUCCAAGGAGAUGUUUCCAAGGUCUUUUAUUAAACUGCUGAAGUCAAAAGUCUCCAGGUUUUUACGGCCAUACAAAUAACUUUAUUCUAUUUGCCCCCCACACCCUCCCUGUUAUUUCCUUUCUUGGUCCACUUAUUUUUCCUCAAAGUAGAAAAAAAAACCAAAAUCUGUCCUAUUUACGGCAAAUAUUCCUGCACAUUGGAAGAAUACGGACAUGGAUUUAACAGAAAUCACCUUCGGAAGCCCCAAGACUGAAGUGACCAACUGCAAUCAUUGACUUCCAAAGCUGCAGGACAUUCAGAUAGAAUUAUGCUGGAAUCCAGUAUAAACAGAAGGAAAAUCCAUUCUAGACGGAAGGGGAAUCCAGUAUAGACAGAAGGGGAAUCCAGUCUAGACUGAAGGGGAAUCCAUUCUAGUCGGAAGAGGAAUCCAGUAUAGACAGAAGGGGAAUCCCGUAUAGGUGGAAGGGGAGUCCAGUAUAGAAGGAAGGGGAAUCCAGGCGGAAGGGGAAUCCAUUCUAGUUCGGAAGGGGAAUCCAUUCUAGUUCGGAAGGGGAAUCCAUUCUGGUUUGUAAGGGGAAUCCAUUCUAGACAGAAGGGGAAUCAAGAUGGAAGGGGAAUCCAGUAUAGACGGAAGGGGAAUCCAGACGGAAGGGGAAUCCAGACGGAAAGGUGAAUCCAUUUUAGUUUGGAAGGAGAAUCCAUUCUAGUUCGGAAGAGGAAUCCAUUCUAGACUGAAGGUGAAUCCAGUCUUGACGGAAAGCGAAUCCAUUCAAGACGGAAGGGGAAUCCAGUAUAGACAGUAGGGGAGUCCAGUCUAGACUGAAGGGGAAUCCAGGCGGAAGGAGAAUCCAUUCUAGUUCGGAAGGGGAAUCCAUUCUAGUUCGGAAGGGGAAUCCAUUCUGGUUCGGAAGGGGAAUCCAUUCUGGUUUGGAAGGGGAAUCCAUUCUAGACAGAAGGGGAAUCCAGAUGGAAGGGGAAUCCAGUAUAGACAGAAGGGGAAUCCAGACGGAAGGGGAAUCCAGAUGGAAGGGGAAUCCAUUUUAGUUCGGAAGGGAAUCCAUUCUAGUUCAGAAGGGAAAUCCAUUCUAGACUGAAGGGGAAUCCAGUCUUGACGGAAAGGGAAUCCAUUCAAGACGGAAGGGGAAUCCAGUAUAGACAGUACGGGAGUCCAGUCUAGACUGAAGGGGAAUCCAGUAUAGACGAAGGGGAAGCAGUCUAGACAGAAGGGGAAUCCAGUAUCGAUGGAAGGGGAAUCCCGUAUAGAUGGAAGGGGAGUCCAGUAUAGAAGGAAGGGGAAUCCAGGCGGAAGGGGAAUCCAUUCUAGUUCGGAAGGGGAAUCCAUUCUGGUUUGGAAGGGGAAUCCAGACGGAAUGGGAAUCCAUUUUAGUUCGGAAGGGGAAUCCAAUUUAGUUUGGGAAUCCAUUCUGGUUCGGAAGGGGAAUCUAUUCUUGUACGGAAGGGGAAUCCAUUCAAGACGGGAGGGGAAUCCAGUCUAGACAGAAGGGGAAUCCAGACGGAAGGGGAAUCCAUCCUAGUUCGGAUAAGGAAUAGGGAUGGGCGAAUUUUUUCGCCUUGUUUCACUGUGGAAAUGGCGCCCAUAGACUUGUAUGGCGUUGUGCGUCAACAUUUUUUUUGACACCCGUAGACUUUAAUGGCCGUCGGCGACAUUUUGCCGGUGGCGAAUCUUUGACGAAACGGGUCAAAUUCACCCAUCCCUAAUGGGGAAUCCAUCCUAGUUCGGAUGGGGAAUCCAGAUGGAAGGGGAUUCCAUUCCAGAGAGCUGUUGGGAAUUACCUCGGAUUAUAAAAGUAUUUGUGCCACACGGGGGACCGGCUGGAUUUAAAGUGAAAGGCGCAGGAGAUUCCCAAGGCUGCUGUACAUGGGGUGGGAUUCCAGUGCCCAUUUCAGCCGUUUGGGUGAACCUCGAUUAUUGGCACUUUCAGCUGCCGGAAAAUGAAACAUUUGUGAUUGGAACGACUCAAAUCGCUGGGCACUGGGGGCACGUUGGCAGCAGCCCAGUUAGAGCCUCCCGCCCCCUCUGCAUUUGGUUUCUCCCCUCCACUUUACAACAGGGGGUCCACAAUGGGACGGCCGUUGCGACUGCCACUUACAGUGGAUUACAAAAACAUUUCUAGAACUUUCCAUUGGGGGGGUGUUUUUUUUAAAAAAAUUUUGGUUACAGAAACUACUUCCGAGCAAGUUUUACUGUGAGAGGUGACGUGUAGUACAAUGAGUAUGUUUAAAUUGCACUUGAAUUUUCUAUGUAAUGUUGCAAGGGGAGGAAAUAUAUAUAUAUAUUUUUUUUGUA